ACCCACGCAGAUGCACGCACAGGCACUGUGGAGUGCAGCUGGAGCUCAAGAGCUGGACGCGUCCCGAUUUCCUGGAUGAUCAUCUGACUCCGCUUUGGUGCGCGCAAAAGGAAACGCCAGAUCGGAGCGGACGCGGCCUGCCUUCCUCACGUCACUUGGGUUCGACUUGAAGGAGGCACGGGAGAGCGGUGCGAACGGCGGGCUGACUGCCACUGGCGCAACAAGCAUGGGAUUAUUAUUCAGUGCGUAAUGUUGCCACUCGGUCACUGCGGGAAAGCGCACUGCCGCGGGACCAUGUGAGACGUCCCGGAUCGAGCCUCUCUGUGUUUGUGUGUAAUGUGUGGAUAGUAACCUCCACCCCCCACUCCACCGUGGCCCCCGAACCCCCUCCCCCCGCCCCUGAGGAUCGCUCGACAGAAGAGUUUGGGGCGCAAAGAGGAUUUUUUUUUUUUUUUUUUUAAAUUUGUGCGCCGCCACCGACAUGGACGCGGCACCCACGGACCGACCAGGACCCCCGUUUUAACAGCCUUGCUUGUAAAUGCUAACUUGAUGGACGUGAAGCCUUCCUCCCUCCACCGACCGCACCGCCAGCACCGCCGCGGAUUCUAACACCUCGCCCGGAUUUGGAUUUGACAACACCAUGAACUUUAUUGACAGUUUGACACUAUUAUUUCUGACGCUGUCGGCUGUCAAGAGUGCCCAAUUACCGAGGGAAACGCAAAGAGGUCCACAUGACGUGAUCCCCUUGAUGGAGGUGUACAACAAGAGCUUGUGUAAGCCUCGGGAGCUGCUGGUGGAGAUCCUGCAGGAGUACCCCGAGGAGGUGGAGCACAUCUUCAUCCCAUCGUGCGUGGUGUUGACGCGCUGCGCCGGCUGCUGCAACGACGAGACGCUGCAGUGCAUGCCCACGUCCAGCUAUAACGUGACCAUGGAGAUCAAAAGAAUAAAAACCCAAAGACAACAAAAUGAUAUCUUCAUGAGUUUUACGGAACACAGCGCGUGCGAGUGUAGGUUAAAGAAAGAAGUGAAAGAGCUGCGAGAAAAACAAUCCCGGCGAGGCCCAGCUAAAUGCCAAAAACGAAAGCGAAAGAAAAACCGAGACUUAACAAUUGGCGAUUCUAUUUGCAAGCCCUGCUCUGAAAGGAGGAAGCAUUUAUUCGUGCAGGAUCCGCAAACCUGCCGCUGCUCCUGCAAACACACGGACGAGUUUUGUAAAGAACGCCAACUAGAGCUCAACGAGAGGACCUGCAGAUGUGACAAGCCUAGAAGAUGAGCGAGGAGAAGCGCCGCGCACAUUAAAGAUGAAGGAAUACUCCGUUCUAUUAUUAGAACGUAAUGCAACGGAUAUUUCGCAGCACAGCACUUUGACAUUGUUUUCUGUGGAAAGCAUUCUGCUCUGGACUGACAGAGAAGGACGGACAGUUGGCUCCCACGGUAUAUCUACAGUAUGUGUAUGCGUUGUGUGUGUGAGUGAGUAUGUAGACCAGCAUACUACACAACUGUUUGCUGCUACAAAAAAAAAAUCAUAAUCAACUAAACAAACGCAUCAUUUGACGGAAGUGCCUUCUAACUGACUUCACUUUCACUGGAUGCGAGUCUACUGUGCCGGUACGCAAAUCGCUCGGAGAUUUAAGAUGACGACGACAAGGAUGAGGAGGGAGAGGAGCGUUCUGGCACGGAUUCACACGUGGAUGUCUGCUUUUACUGCUUCUUCCAGAAGAUGGGUGCUUUUUCCUCCGAGGACAUUUUCAGCACACGAUUACGAGUGCCUUUAAAGGGAUACUGCAAGCCGACGUGCUAUUAUAGCUGGCGUGAAAGAAAACCACUGAAUGAAAACUCUACUGUAGUUUGAUUCCAUCGGGAAAACCAGUGCCUCGCUUCAAAAAAAAACAAAAAGACUGAGAAAAGUGCUUUAUAAAUUAUUCGUUCCUUUGUUCCAGGAAAAGGGGGAUUUAACGCAGUAGUGCUUUGAUUACACGUCCUCUCUGAACUUGUAUAUAGCUAAUAUUAUCCCGUCAUAGUCCAUUCUAGAUAAUUUAUAAUGUCAUAGAGUAUUUUUCAGUAUUCAUUUUAUUGCCCAUAUUUAAUGCGCUCUAUUUAUAUAUGCAGUGUUGUGUCCCACCUCUCCCUACCACUGUCCAAUUUUUGGCAUGGAUUCGCUGUGCUUUAAUUUUAUAUUUUUACAUAUAUAGCUAAAAUGAAAUUACACCAACCAAAAAAAAGGAUCAGAUAUUUACUAACAUUCCCUAAAUGCUUCCUUUGUAGCGAGGAGGACACCUGAAUUAUUAGGCGGACGUUCGCAAAGCGUGUGUUGUUCUUUUAACAUUUGUAUAGAUGUGUAUGUAAGGACGUGUGUGUUUUGUUUGUCGUGCAACACGCAAUUACAGAAAAAAAUACUGCUAUCAACACCACUAGACUACCAACAACGACACAAAAAUAUAUACAAAAAAAUACAGCAACCUCUACCAUCAGUCUCAGAAACCCGAUUUAUUAGCUCCUCCUCCUUUUUUGUUGUUGAUGCUGUUCCAUCACUAAUAACCUGUUUUUAUGUGUCCAUGUAAAACAGUAAAGCAUAUUUAUUUUCAAAUUAUAUUGUUUUUAUAUAAAAUACUGAAAAGAUU